CAGCGCGACGCGGACGAGCCGCCUCUGGAGCUGCCCCCGCUGGACAACAGCAAGCAGGGCGCAAGUCAGGAGGCCACCAGCACUGGCGCCGGCGAGGCGGCGAAGCGGAAGCCGGGUGGAGGCCAAGGAAGAGCCGCAUUCACGACUGGUGCGUUCGACAGGAUACGUUCCAACGUGAAGACGCUGCCCCCUCAUCAGAUCCAGCGGGUCCAGCUGAACUUCGAGCCGCUCGCUGGAUAUUUCAUCUCCGCGUCGGAGACGCUGGAGGACCACAUGCCGCUGCUGGAAGUCCGUCGCACGCGCGGGGAGCUGCACUCGGAGAUUGCGAGGCACGUGGCGGCGGCGCGGCUGAAGGUCAAGUGA